GGUGGAGUAAUGCAAUCAGGAGUAAGAAGAGCGCAGCCGGAGCCACCGCCUCCUUCAGUCUGCUCAGACUCCACACAGGCACACACUCCUCAGACAGGAAGGUGAGCUGCCCAGUGCCAAAAUGACUGAGCGCUAUGACUGCCAUUACUGCAAGGAGUCCCUGUUUGGGAAGAAGUACGUCCUCAGAGAGGAGAAUCCCUACUGUGUGAAAUGUUACGAGAGUUUGUACUCCAACACCUGUGAGGAGUGCAAGAAGCCCAUUGGCUGCAACACCAGGGAUCUGUCCUACAAGGAUCGUCACUGGCAUGAGGACUGCUUCAAAUGCUUCCAGUGCAAGCGCUCCCUGGUGGACAAACCAUUCUCCACCAAGGAUGAGCAGCUCCUCUGCACCGAGUGUUACUCCAAUGAGUAUUCUUCCAAGUGCCAUGAGUGCAAGAAAACCAUCAUGCCGGGCUCCAGGAAAAUGGAGCACAAGGGGAACAGCUGGCACGAGACUUGCUUCACCUGCCAGAGGUGCCAGCAACCCAUUGGCACCAAAAGCUUCAUCCCCAAGGAAAACCACAACUACUGUGUGCCCUGCUACGAGAAACAGUUUGCCAUGCAGUGUGUGCACUGCAAGAAGCCCAUCACCACUGGUGGCGUGACCUACCGUGACCAGCCCUGGCACAAGGACUGCUUCCUGUGCACUAGCUGCAAGCAGCAGCUCUCGGGACAGCGGUUUACCUCCAGAGACGAUUUUGCUUAUUGCCUCAACUGCUUCUGCAACCUUUAUGCCAAGAAGUGUGCCUCUUGCACCACUCCCAUAAGUGGCCUUGGAGGAAGCAAGUACAUCUCCUUUGAGGAGCGCCAGUGGCAUAACGACUGCUUCAACUGUAAGAAGUGUUCCGUGUCUCUGGUUGGACGCGGUUUUCUGACCGAGCGUGAUGACAUCCUGUGUCCAGAGUGCGGCAAAGACAUCUAACGGGCUCAAGGAGAUGAGGAAUACAGAUUGGAUUGCCAUAA